CGGGGCUGGAGGCUGCACAGCCACAGGACCAUCCCCUCCCGCAGCCCGGCGGCACAGGAUUCCUCUUGUUCCUUUUCCUUUUUUUUUUUUUUCCUCCACCUCUCGACAUCACUCUAAACGGGUCGAUUUAAUUGUUAUUAUUUUGUAAUUAUUUUGCUACCUGACUUUUUCCUCUUGCUUCUUUUUUUCCCUUUCUUUUUUAAUUGAAGGCUGUGCUAAGACUUUUUUUUUUCUUUUUUGAAAAUCUUAAAAAAAAAAAAAAAGACCAGGUGGGGAAAGAAGCCAGCAAGAGACUGCAAAGAGCAAGAGAAAGUGGCAGCUAAGAAGGACUGUGAAAUCACCUCCCCUUUCUGGGCUGUCGAUCAGAGCGAGAGUUGUACAUUAUUAUUAUUGUUUUUCUUUCUACAUCUGUCUGUCCACAUACACAGGCAGAGAGAGAGACAAGUAGAGACUGAAACUCGACAAGAGCAGCCAUGGUAGCAAGGGCUCAACCUGAUCGGAAACAAUUACCGCUGGUCCUACUGAGAUUGCUUUGCCUUCUCCCUACAGGGCUGCCAGUCCGCAGCGUGGAUUUUACCCGAGGUACCGAUAACAUCACCGUGAGGCAAGGGGACACAGCCAUCCUCAGGUGUUAUGUAGAAGACAGAAGCUCCAAGGUGGCCUGGUUAAACCGUUCCGGCAUCAUUUUUGCUGGAGAGGACAAGUGGUCCCUGGACCCUCGAGUAGAGCUGGAGAAGAGAAACCCCCUGGAAUACAGCCUGCGGAUCCAGAAAGUGGAUGUCUAUGAUGAGGGGUCCUAUACGUGUUCAGUGCAAACACAGCAUCACCCCAAGACUGCCCAGGUUUACUUGAUCGUGCAAGUUCCACCAAAGAUCUCCAAUAUCUCCUCAGACAUCACCGUGAAUGAGGGCAGCAACGUGACCCUGGUUUGCUUGGCAAAUGGGCGUCCUGAACCUGUCAUCACCUGGAGGCACCUCACCCCAACAGGCAGAGAGUUCGAAGGCGAGGAAGAGUAUCUGGAGAUCCUGGGUAUCACACGAGAGCAGUCGGGCAAGUAUGAAUGCAAAGCUGCCAACGAGGUUGCCUCAGCAGACGUCAAGCAAGUCCGGGUCACUGUGAACUACCCUCCUACCAUCACAGAGUCCAAGAGCAAUGAAGCGGCCACGGGACGACAAGCCUUACUCCGGUGUGAGGCAUCAGCAGUGCCCACACCCGAUUUCGAAUGGUACAGAGAUGAUACCAGGAUAAACAGCGCCAAUGGUCUGGAGAUAAAGAGCACGGGGAGCCAGUCUCUGCUGAUGGUGGCCAACGUCACUGAGGAACACUAUGGAAACUACACCUGCGUGGCUGCCAACAAGCUGGGAGUCACAAACGCCAGCCUAUACCUUUACAAACGAGUUUUACCCACACUCCCCAAUCCUUUUCCAGGACCCGGCACAGGGAGAGUAGACAACGGCUCCAUGAGUUUGGCCGUCCCACUGUGGCUGCUGGCAGCGUCCCUGCUCUGCCUACUCAGCAAAUGUUAAUACAGAUCAGAAUUAAAAAUAAUAAUAUUAAUAAUAAUUAAAAAAACAACACGACAACGACAACAACACACAAAACAAAAUGCGUUAUACAGGAGACAGAGCGAAGAGAGGGGAGAGAGAAAAAAGGGGGGGGGAGAGAGAGAGACGACUGUUUCUUUCACAACUUUUGUGUGUUCAGGAGCGAAGAGGGGGGAGAGGAAAAAUUACAGCAAAGAAGACUCAGCAACAUUUAAUCCAAAACCUGAAAAGCCGGCUGUCAAGUCACUGACUGUCUAGGAGGCAACACGAACCAAGGGAGAGAAUGGGGCACCAGCAAGGAUCGCGUCGCCGGAGGAUGCUGCAAUGUAAACAAUCCAACAAAACCCAUAAAGCCAAUCAAACAGAAGAUCCCUUUUCUUUUCUCUCCUCCUUCCUCUUUUCCAUACUUCCUCACCUUCCUUCCUUCCUUCCUCCUCUUUCUUUCUUUUGCAGAAAGAGGUCUUUGCUUCGGUGUCUAUAGCCAUUUAACUUUUGGGAUGCCCUGGGUCAUUUUUGUGAGCUAAUGCUCAGCCAGUUCAUACUUUUGAAAACAAAAUAAAAAAAAAAAAAAAAAGAGAAAAGGAAAAAAGAGAAAAAAAAAGCCACAAACCAGAGCAAGUCACCUGAAGCUCUCUGCACACUGGUGUCCUGUGAAGAACUCUUCCUCUCUUCACUUCACCCUGCGCUUAUGUGCACCCAGCCCUUGCUAAACACCUUUUUUCCUGUCCCUUCCUUCAUGCAACAUCGCCCUUGCUGGCCUGAACUAAAGCUGUGUCAACUCUACUGAAAGCCUACUUUUCUUUUUUUUUUAAAUCCUCUUCCUCUCCCUCCUCAAUUCAACCAGAUGUCUUUCUCUUUCUCCUGUGUAUGCCUGCGUGCGUGCGUGCGUGCAUGUGUGGCUCUCGCUCCGUCUUCACUCUUUCUCUCUUUCUCUUCCUCUCUCUAAGCAUGCAAAAUGAACAGUCCAUGUGUACAUAUGCUCAUCCUGCUGUAGAUAAUGUCCUGCCUUGUAAGUGUGAGACAAGAUGCAGAGAGAUCACUCAGGCAGAGAAGAGGGGUGAGGAGAGAGGGGCAGUUGCAACACAGAUUCCAGUGGUGUCCUCUCUCCAGCAUCCUCAUUGGCUUUUUAACUUCUGGCCACCUUGCUUGCAAGAGUCAGUCUGCACCCUUGUCUACCCUUUUUUUCUCUCCCACCUGCAACCUGUCUGGCUCUCAGCCUCUAAGUACCAGCAUAGCAGCCCCUGCUAUGCAUGAGUGCUUGCACACGUGCAUGGGGGUGUGCACUCAUGUGCAAUUGUCCAAACAAGCAGAAGAAACCAGGACUGGCCUACAGCACUAUGGACUGAAGAGUGCAGUCACCCAUUCCUCCUGGGAAUGGGAGGCUGAGCUGGUGGGAUGUGAGUGAUGAGACCUUGGACAUCACCAAGCAGCCAUUCCUUUUAGGUAUAGUGUGUGCAUAGGAGCAAUGCCUCAACAUGAAAACAGCAAUCUGGUCAUUCCUAACCAUUUUGGUAGUCAUGCAAAAAUAGAGCCAAUACUCUUUUUUGUUGUUUUGUUGUUUUCAUUCUUACUGUCCUCCCUGGUAUAAAAGGAAAUGUAGGCUGUGUGAGAGGGUGAGUGUGCGUGUGCAUGUUUGUGUGCUGUACACCAUUGCUACCACAAAACUCACUGCAAAUUCCACAUUUGAAACAAAUUUGGUCAGAAAAUGUCCAAGACCUGUGAAUGGAAGAAGUAAAACAAAUCUCUGGUCCAAAAUCCUGGGCUUAUAAAGAAGGAGCUUAAAGUGGUUCAGCAAAAAAGUGGGCAGCACAAUUCCGCUUUCUCUUCUCUUAUCUCAAGGGUGCUGGUCUUGCUGGAGAGUGCUGUUGCUUGCCAUCACACUUCCCAUGGCAGAACCACAUGCAGAGGUGCCAACAGGAGAUGCUUUGUGGCUCUCAAGUGAGGAAAAGGAGAGAACAGGCUGUUAGAAACAGGGCUGAGAAAAUGCUGAGUGGUGGCUGGAAGUUGCCACACCAGCACAAGGUCUGCUGCAGGAGGAGAGGGCAAGACAACAGUCAUACUCUCCAGUGGCUGCAGUGCAUGUGUGUGGGCAGGGGCAGUGGGGAGAAGACUCCUGUGUCUCCUGGCCAGUCACGAGCCCUAGUAUCCACCAGCAGCAAAGAUGAUGAAAAAGCCACUUGCUUUUCUGGGGAGAGGGAUGUGCAGGAAGAACUUGAGUUAGCCCACACAAGUUUAGUGACCAUCCCAUGACAGUACAGUGUUUUACAGGUGCUCAGCACCACUGAGCUUCCAAGCACAAGCCAGCUUGCUUUUCUGUCUUUGCCCUGCAAGUUGGCACAGUAGCAGCACGUCAGGCAGUCACGCUCACACGCUCUUGAAAGCAAGGGGAAAAUUGCUUGGCCUUGCCACUCUCCACUGUGCUGGAGAGGAUACCUACCGGGUGGUCCCCUGCCAGGAAGGAAAGUGGGAAAUUGCUGCCUGCAAGCCCCGUCCCCAUCUUUACGUGAGUGGGGCACAGUCUGAUGAGGCUUCUCCCUGCUGCUCAGCCUGAUGCUUUCGCCUUGCACUGCGGCACUGCCGACCCUGCCCCCUCGGUGCUGAGCUCAGCUGUUUGAGGCAGCAGCAGGCACACAAUUAAGCAGGCAGUCAAGGGCUCCUCACAGGCAGCCAGAAUGAGGGAGGAAAUUUAUUGAAGACACAGGAGGCUGAAGUUAGGGCGUUACAGGAGUUGCUACAGAGCUACUGUGGCAUUGCAUGGUGGUAAAUUAUGCUCCUCCAGACCCCAAAGCCAUAUCUGGAGGUGUUUGUGCUUUGGUGCAAGAGGGGAAAGCUGGGCAACUGGUGCUUGAAAUCCACUCGAGGCAUCCACGGAUGGCUCCCCUCUUCCAAGAUAGGGCAGUCAUUGGUGGGACUUGGGCAUCUCCUUUGGAGACUGUUGUGCCUGUGGCGGCCCAGGAAGAAAAUGCCCUGUAUCCUUCAGAGCAUUCAGACAUCCCACUCCUUGUGCCUACCCUUAAGGAGAGUCAUGUAAUUCGGUGUCUUAGUAACAUAUCCAGAUUUCCUGCUGCAACAGGGCUCCUCUUUCCCCUGGUACAACCAUGAGCUGAUGCUGUUUCUAGAAAGCCAGAUCUGGGAACUGCACCCUUUUGAGCACGCUGGCACAAGGGAAAACACCACAUUGCUCAUUCUUGGUGCUGUACCUAUACCUGGAUUUAUUGUUGCAGGCUUGGUGUGAAAGGUGGGCAGCCUGCUAUGUCCUGCUGUCACAGGCUGUUCCUAAAGGCUGGGUAGGCCCACUUUAGGUUCUUUGAUGUCAACCUGGUUGCUGUUGUAGCGUCUGUCCCAUGUGUUGUCCUCUGCAUGUGUUUUUGUCACUGUGGGAUCACUCCUAGGCACUGGGAUCACACACAUCAGAGCCCUAUGGUGUGGUGGUGGUCACAAGUCCUGAUACUUCAUUGUCUCACACCUGUUUUGGUUUGAAGGAGUUUUGAGGGGAUAUUUUUUAGAUGUCAAGACAGAGAGGCUUAUGGUUAAAGGGAAAUAUCUCACUAAAAGCAGGACAUCCAUUUUUUGAAGCCACCUGCCUGUUAGCUGGGGGAAAUGGACACAGCCCUGGUGCUGUGUGUGAGGGAUCUGGUCUUUCAUACAGGCCCUUGGCAGAUCUUUGCCUCUGUUGGAUGGCUGUGAAAUAGGGCUAAAGCCAAUUAUUUGCAGACCUGUCUGAGACAAGCCACCAAUAACAAGUAUGCCUGUUGUCUGCAGCAGUGCUGGGAACCCCGCUCCUGGCAAUGUCUGUUCCUAGUAGGGUUGAGGGUGUCAUGGGUAGGCUGGAGCUUGAUUCACUCCUAGAAUCUAAUCCUGUGAGCUGCAGUGUGCAUCAUAGGAUGCUGUAAACAUCCCCCAAUUUCUCCUGAACUCGGGCAGUGAUUGCUCAAAGCAUAUGUCAAGUGGUGAGGCUAGAUGAAUAUAGGAAACACAGGAGAGGUCAAAUGCUUUUUUCCCACUCCCUUUCUCCCCUCCACCCUGUGACAGAGAUGUUGCGAAGGUUUUUCUCAUGUCUCAGUCCCUUUUCUCUGAAAUUGUUUCUGCUUUUCAUCUAUUCUCCGCUUUCAUGUUGCUAUCUUUCCCAUUCUCUCCCAAAAAGCUGGGCUCUUACUUCCUGCUGCCUCUCAGGCAGUUGAGGACCAGGAAAGAUGGGAGUUUGGAAUGGGACACCAGUUCCUUGAGCUUGUCAGUGUAAUUGUGUUUGAUUGAUGGAGAUUUAACAUUUAGUGUUAUAAAAAGAGAAAUGAACAAAAUGAAAAAAAAGAAAAAAAGAAAAAAUUGUAUUUCUUCAACUUGUUUGUAAAUAUUACAAGAACUACAUGAGAUGUCUGGUAAUGUCCAAGCAGAGGAACAAAUAUUUAGAUUUAAUAUAUGGCCCCAUACUUGCUAGCAGAUUUCUAACCCUUUUCGGAUGACUGAGAGGAGGAGUAAAGGCAAGUCUUUCUGAAAGGAACUGGACAGGGGAAGUGCAGCCACCCCAAGCCACAUGAACUCCAUGCAUGAUUGUAGCAUGUUGCUUGGAGCGUGUGCCUGGUCAGAUGGAAAACGAAGCAAACGCCUGUCUCUGAACGGCUGGGAAGGGCAACAUGGGAUGCUCCAGCCGACACCUGUAUCUUGGCAGUUGUGUUCAUUUUUGUUUGUCUGCAGCCCCGUAGCUUGGGGGCAUGUUGCUCAGUGAUGCACCCCCCUCCUCCCCCCACUGCUUUCUUCUCCAGUGAAGUUGUGUCGCCCCAUGCUAGCACCGAGUGCAUGUUAACGUGCCAUUCAUGAAGAUUUCAUUGGUGACAUGCAUUGUGUCGAGAGUUAGUCUUUGUCCGCACAUCUUUCUCACGCCACUGACUGUUCACCACUUGGGCAGAUCUCUCGUGUAGUGCUGUUUGCCCCACUUUUGGUCAAAGUAUAUCCAAGCCCCACCAGCUCUUCUUAGCUCCAGGUGCAUCCAGACCAUGCCCCCAGGCCACCUGUCUAAGCAACCCCAUUUUGAAAGUCCAAGCACACAGCAUGGACAAAGUCACCAUCAAUAGCCACAUGGGCUCCAGACUGAGUGGUAGCUACACAUCUGGAAGGAAUUUGGGGGAGCAGCAGUGAGUCCCGAUGAUACAAGAGCUUUUGGGGAAGAAGAUUUGGGAAGUCAGAGGAGUUAUACUAGAGUCCUUCACAGCCCCACCACCAGGUGAUGUUCCAGCUCAAUCUUUCUGCAGUGUUUCAUCGCUUCGCCCUUUCCUGAUGAGGGAAUCUGCAGGCACAGGGAAAAAGCUCUUCUCCUCCCAACCCCUCUCACACCUCUGCUUCCUCUCCUCCAAGCACACUGACCUGCAGCCCAAAUGCUGAUGGUGCUUGAUGUGACAUAGUAAGUGACACAGAGGAUGGCUGACCAAGACAGUCCUACAGAGGUGGUGCUAGAGGGGUGAGCAGUUCUCUCUCUCUCUCUCUCUCUCCUGAUGGUGCACAAUCUUACUGCUUCUCUGACUCAAGUACACAAAACUUAUUGAUUUAGGGAUGCCGGGAGCAAACUGUUCUAUGGGAAGAGGAAAACUUCAGGCAGAGAAGUGAUGGAGAAACUGGAUGGUAAUUUCCAAGAUGUGGUGCCAGUGAAAAAGGGUAGGGAUGAGUGCUGUCCGUUGUCCAUGCACAGAACUCUCAGGUUCACCAGUGAGGAGACCAUGGCCUCUCAACACUAAUCUUAGAGUGGCUUCAUUUCCAGUGCGAUGCCCAGAAGAUGGGUUUUUUUGACUGCAUGACUCCUGCUGACUAAGAGCUGUGUCACACCAUUAAAACCUCUUUCACUUUUCCUUCUUGUAACAUGCUAGAAUGAUAAUUGGCAAACUCCCACAGCCCCCAAAAUUUUGCUUGAUGGUUGGCUCCCAUUAGGGCAAUAUAUGGUGUUUGGUUGUUGGUUCACUCACCGUAACAGGAAAGCAGAACUCAUCUUGGUUAGGAUAUGUUGGUAUGGUCCUCUGUACCUCUGUGGCUUGGAUUGAUGUGUAUGAGGAAGGAGACCUACCAAGGCAGGGCUUGGGAAAGAGGAGCAGAUCUCCUGAUUAGCCCAGGCAGGCGGGAAGCAAAGCGUCCUUCACUUGCUGCAGGCUCAGGUUAACUGGUGCCACAGCAACUCAGACUGCCCUGCAAGCCUUGUAGAAGUGCCCAGGCAGUGGAGGAGGAAGGGGCAGUGACAGUCAGGAGGACAUGACUGCAGUGCAGGUGAUAGGGCUGCAUAAGCAGCAGGGCUUCUUGGGUAGCAUGGCUGAGGAAGGGACAGACACUGCAUCCCAGAAGGGCCAUUCCCAGGUAGGGCAGGCCCUUCCUUCUCUUGCUAUGCUCACGGUGCAUCAGGAGCUCCCUCCUGGCCUCACAGGGCAUGCUGACUGUGUUGCAAUGGGCCUCACGAGUGAUGCAGUGUGACACCACAGUGGCUCCAGCCGUGUCCUGAGAAAAGGCAUGUGAAUGUUUCUGUACAUAACAUAGGGCCAUGGAUGGAGACAAGGAGCAAGGGCUACGUAGGAGCCAAGCAGGGAGGGGAGCACCUCCCAAGCAGGGCUGUCCUCCAAAAUUAUGACAUUUGCUCCCCAUUUGGCCACGCACAGGCACGUACGCACACCCCCGUGAGCUCCACCAUGCACAUGCCGUAGUAGUCCUCACGGCUACCAUACAGAUGCUCUCCUUUCCCACACUCUCCAUCACACACACGGCCAGACAGGCAUUCAUCCACUUGCUCCUGGCCUGGCUCUGUCUGUAACCCACACAGCUACUGGUGACCUCCUGAGGAAACCAGGAGAAAGUGUGUGUGUGCCUGUGCCUGUGCAUAUAGGAGCACCUGUGUGUGCCUGGAAAGGGAGGAGGAGGCAAAAAGCGGGAACCUGCCUCCUCAGUGCCACCGUCACCUCCCAUAGUCAUUCAGCUUUCCCAGCUGGAGCCAAGAUUCAUCCUCUAGACCUUGAGAAUGAAGGCCAGUCCCUUCUUCUUGCUACACGGUGGGGUGGUUAGAACUCUCCUCAUUAACAGUGUUAUAUACAUAUAAAUAUAUAUAUAUAUCUAUAUCUUUAUAUAUAUUUUUCCCCAGCACUGUAGACAUGAGCUGAACUUCUCUUUAAUGAAACGAGAAAAUGGCCAUUUAAUUUUUUGCCAUUGGUUUGUUUUUGAAACUAGCUCUGUGAAAGAAAAUUUUAAAAGCGCAAGUGUGUGUGUAAAAGAACCGAUCAAAAAACUAAACAACUCAACAAAUGAAUGAACAAAACCCAGUGAUGGAAAAAAAAAAGAAGCUUUUUAUUUUUUCUUUUCUCAAUGUAUUUAACUUCUGUUAUCUCGUUUCUGUUUCUUUACAUGUAUGAAUGCUCUGCUCUUCUGUGAUCUUAAAAAAAAAUACAAAAAAUACAAAAAUUAAAUAAACGUGAAAAGGA